AUGUCGCAAAAUCAAACAACCGUUCUUUCCGUUGCUCUUCUAUCAAUUUUUACGCGCCCUCUUUUUUUAAAUUCUACUCGUUUAUCUGCUUUCCUUUCUUCCUUUCUUUUAACUCCUCUCCUUCAUUUGCCACCGGAACAUUUAUUUCCAUAUAUUAUGAGUAUUUUCAUUUGUUUUUAUCUGCUCAUGAAUCUUGAAUUCAUUUUCCUCUCUUUUUUAAUUAUUUCUUUCUCCUUUUUCCGUAAUCAUUCUGUUUUUUCCUUCCACCAUUAUUCACUCUUCCUCUUUGUAUUUUCACUUUCUUGUGAGCAUUUUCCCCUUUUUCACAAUAUUUUCCCCUUUUUCACAAUAUUUUUCUCUUUCUUUCUAAUGCGCUCUCUCUCUCUCUCUCACUCACUCACUCACUCACUCUCUCUCUCUCUCUCUGUCUCUCAUAAUAUUCUUCUCUCUCUCUCUCUCUCUCUCUCUCUCUCUCUCUCUCUCUCUCUCUCUCUCUUCUCUCUCCUUCUCUCUCUCCAUUUUCUCUCUCUCAUCUCUCUCUCUCUCUCUCUCUCCUCUCUCUCUCUCUUCUCUCUCUUUCUCGUUCUCUCUCUCUCACUCUCUCUCUCUCUCUCUCUCUCUCUCUCUCUCUCUCUCUCUCUCUCUGUGACUUUCUCUCUAUUUUCCUGUCUUUCUUUUUUCUUUCUUGGGAUUUUUCUUUAUUUCUUUCCUUAUUUCUUAAAGCGUGUGUAUUAUUCCUUUUUUGUUCUUUGUAACCAUUUUCUUCUUGAAUAUUCUUUCUUGUUCUUUCAAUGUACUUCCCAGUCACAGUUAUUAUACUUAGGCCUUUAUCUACUUCAAUUCCUUUCUUUUAGGUAUUUCUUUUCUUUUCUUCUUAGACUCUCUGUAUCUUUCCACGCCUUCGUGUUAUUUUUGCUUACUUUUUUUUCUCUUUUCUCUUUUCCCCUCCCUCACUUUCUCUGUAUCACUGGUUUUUCAUUUGUAUUUUUCCUCAUUUUUCCCUGUCUUCUCGCAAUCAUAAACACUCUUCCUUCUGUCAGUUUUACGCUUUCCUUUUCUUUCUCUGUUAUUUCCUUCUCUUCUUUCCCCUCACUUGUUUUCUAUCUUUUGCCGUUUUCUUUAAAGCAACAUUUACUAUCUGAUUUGAAAAUAUUCCUUUUGUCAAUAUUUCUUCACCAUUUCUUCUUAGUUUUUCUCAUUGUUUCUUAUUUCUCGCUUCUCUAUUUCCAUUAUAAAUUCAUUUUUUAUUCGUCUCCCUUUUUCUAUGCUUCCUUCCUUCUGCUACUUUCACUCAUUCCUAUUCCACCAUCAUUAUAUGUUUAUAUACGUCUUUCACCUCUUUUUUCACUGUUUUCAGCCUUCAUUUUUCUUGCUUGCAUUUUAUCUUCUCUUAACUCGUAUGUCUAUGUUCUUUCUUUUCCACUGAUUUCUUUUCCUUCAUUCAUUCAUUCUUUCAUCGCAUUAACUCUUUGUUUUCUCUUUUAUUCAAUUCUAAAAUUCUAUUUUUCUUCCAAUUUCUUAUGUCUGCGUCCCAUUCUUUUGGUUUCUCUUUUUUUUAUUCUAACAAUCACCCCUUAUUUUCAACUCAUUCUUUAG